CGGUAGCGCUCAGCUGAUCACAUGACGGGGUCACAUGGGGCAGACGCUCGCCACCCCGCGGCUGUGUGCGGACGACCAUCUUGAUUCCUUAACAUGGCGUCGUCGGAGAUUAAUAUGGCGUCCUCGGACAUAAUAACCGAAGUGGAGAUUCAACCGGAUAUCCAGGAGGUGGAGAUAGAAGCGAUCCCGGUGGAGAUACCGUGCGAGACGGUGGAGACGACGAUCGAGGGCGAGGACGGGCAGCCGAUGAUAGCGCUACAACCGCUACCGGAGCCAGGCCGUGAGGAAAUCAUACUGCAGACGCAGGAGGAGAUCGUUGGUACGGACCCGCUCAGCGUGUACGAUCAGAUCCCGGUGCCGGAGAACGACAUUUAUGUGGAGUCCAGUCCGGGGCCGUCCCGCAAGGCCGCCAAGAAGGCGCGCAAAAGCGGCGGCACGCGCUUCCGCACGUCUGACCACGCGAUCUUCGGCGAGAUGGCCACCGAGACCAAGGCUAGGAAGUGGGAGCAGAAGCAAGUACAGAUCAAGACACUCGAAGGAGAAUUCUCGGUGACGAUGUGGGCAUCCGGCACAGAUGACGAUGAGGGCUCGAAUCCGGAACCAGAUCCAGAUUAUACGGAAUACAUGAGCGGCAAGUCCAAUGCCAAGUUCAGUCACUCCGGUAGUUCUGUAUCCGAUGGGAUGCCCGGGUUGGAUCUGUCGGAUCCAAAACAGCUGGCGGAAUUUGCACGCCCCGGCCAUAAGCUGAAGGUGCGCAAACCACCGGCCAUGGAUGGUAUAGAACGUACUAUCGCUUGUCCGCACAAAGGUUGCACAAAAAUGUUCCGAGAUAACAGCGCAAUGCGCAAACAUCUACAUACCCAUGGGCCCCGUGUGCAUGUCUGCGCAGAGUGUGGUAAGGCCUUCGUUGAAAGUUCCAAACUCAAAAGGCAUCAGUUGGUGCAUACGGGCGAGAAGCCUUUUCAGUGUACGUUCGAGGGCUGUGGCAAGAGGUUCAGCCUAGACUUCAACCUACGUACUCACGUUAGAAUUCAUACCGGCGAUCGGCCGUACGUUUGCCCAUUUGACGGAUGCAGCAAAAAGUUCGCGCAGUCGACAAACCUCAAGUCACACAUAUUGACGCACGCCAAGGCUAAGUCACGAAACGCGAUUGGAAGACAAGUGCAACAGAUCCAACUUCAACAGCCUCAGUUUGUCCAAGUUGAAGUUGCGGAUGUGGACAAUCAACAGUUUAUUGUCUACGCCGAUUAGCCCCCCUAAACAUUGAUCUCGCGUAUCCAGUUACUGAAUCCAAUUAUACCGCAAUCAUUAAUUAUUAAUCCAAACCAUGUAAAUAUUUUCACAAUGUGGUAAGUGACAUGCGGGCAUGAAUGGGAAACAGAGGAGGAGGUGCAGGACGAUAAGAACGAUGCAAAAGGAGGAGAAAAAGAAGAAGAGACAAAUGACGAGGAGAAUAAAAAGCAAGAAAGAAAGAGGUUACUAAAGCUAUAAACCGUUUUAAGAAGACGAGUUAAUUAAUCGAAUAAUACCUCUGUGCUUAGAUUCAAAAUAUUUGAAACAUCAGGACUAUACUGUCGCAAGGAAGGAAAUAAAGUUAAGUUACACGGGUAAAAAAAGAAAAAAAAGAAAAAACAUAGCGUACUUUUUAAGAUAAAGAUAGCAAGCUAGACUGUGUGGCGCACUGCUCAAUCUCGUGUCGUGUGAAUAAAGAAAAAAAAAGAACGAACGAAGUCUAGUGUGCUCGUGUAACAAACACACAUACACCUACACACGUGCAUACACUCACACUCGACUGUAUAUAUUUAUAAGUAAAAGUAAAAUAUUGUAUACAGUAUAUUUUGGAGAAAUUCAAAUGAGAAUAAACCACAGAGAUACGUCUCUUUUUUUUCCGUCGGAUUCAAUUGUAUCAUCUUAGUAACAUUUGAUGACUUUUACACUGUAAUAUUAUAGAAAUUUGUUAAUAGUUAUUUAAAAAAAAGAAAAAAGAUGAAAGAAUUUGAACAUAAUACGAAUAUGAUUAUUGUUAUGGCGUCAAUGUCCGAAGAUGACACGUAAUGCGACUCAUUAUGUAGCAAUUCGUGAAUUAUCAUCUAAUUCAGGAAUAAUUUUUUUUACUUUGCGAUGGAACCUAAAAAACGACUAUAACUUAUAAAAAAGAAAAAGUGACAGUACGUUAGAAAUAUAGAGAUGUAAUGUUACAUCCAUAUUUGAGGAAAUAUCGUACGUAAUUUACAUAUGCGUCGAUAUCAAACGAUUUAAUGAUACUUCGAAAUUUCAACUAAAAGAAGCAAUAUCUAUAUAGAUAUAUGUUAUAAUAACGAUUACUGCGUGCAUCUCUUUCUCUCUCUCUCUUUCUCUUUCAUUCAUAUGCGUAUCAUUAUUAUUUGCAUAUCAUUAAUUUCAUACGCGCAGCAUUGACGUACACAUUUAACUAUUGGAUUCGACCGCAGUUGUGUAUACUGACUCGUGAUUUGUAAAUUAGGAACGCAAAAAUUUUGAAUAAUUUAUUUAAAUCCUAUAAAAUGUAUGAUUCUUUCGUGAAACAGUUUUAUUUAACCACUUACAUUCGUGUGACGUAUGGCUGUAAUCUGUCAACGAUAUUCACAUGUACAACCUAUUAUCUUUUUAUAAAAUGAAAGAAAAGCAAGAGAAAGGAAUUUGUUUCUUUUUAAUUAUUUAAGCGUUUACACGCUAGCUCGACACGCUCCUUAUUGCUCAGAAAUUUUCAUUUUUAUUCAUUUGUUCCCUUUCAACAUAUUUUUCAUUGAUAUAAUUGUUCUUUUUUUCUUACGCGACUACGAUACGUACAAUUUUAAGUACGUCCUGAUGUAUAUCGGCGCCUAAUAUAUUGACCAGACUAUGUUUUAGUGAACAUUCAUGAAGAAAAGCUGAAGUAAUUAUAUUCGAUAAAGUGAUUUCGUUACGACAUAAUUUUUACUUUAUACAAGAAUUAGAACAUCUCUGAAAGUUUGGAGGAAGGAAAUAUUACUAUUAUCUACAUUCUGAAAGAAAGUAACUCAAUAUCGAUAAGAUACGAUUAAAAUUACUCUCCUCACCGAAGAACACAACGAGUGUAAUCUUCAGAAUGCAUAUAUAUACGUAGACCUUUCGCCAUAUACAUAUAAACAUAUAACGCUGCGUACGCAUCGAUUUUCACGAUAUAUUUAAGUUCGAUCGUUUAUAUGAGAAUUAAAUGCGAAAAACGAAAUAUAUAUAUUUCUAUACUUA